GUUUUUUGUCUUUGAGGUAUUUUUGUCCAAUUUGGUGACACCAAAAAUAUUAUUCAUCUUUUGUGUUGGCUUUACAUAUAGAAGAAUUAAAGCAGCUGAAUCCACAUAAUAAAAUCGGUGUCUGUAGAAAAAAUAAUAUUGAAUGAACGACUAAAUCCACAUUAUUAUCUGCGUGCGAAAGAUUUUUUAAAAUGCUUUGAACGUGAUUAAAAAUAAAGAAAAUAAUAUUGAAUGAAGAGCUGAUUGAAUUAUAUUAUGACUAGCCUAUUGUGAGUUACUAAUUAAAAAAAUAAAAAAUUAUUAAUUAUUAAAAAAAUAUUUUUAAAAUGACAAAAUAUUCCUGCAUUGUUUUGAUAUGGCUUUGAAGUUUUUUGUUUUAGGAGCAUUUUUGUUCAAAAUUUUUGUUGAAGCUUAGUGACACCAAAAAUACUAUUCAUCAUUUGUGUUGGCUUAAUAUAGAUAUAUAUGAUCUAUGAGGUGCAAUUUGGAAAAUAGACAGUUUGGAUUGUUAAAAAUCGAUGUGGUAUGAAUCCCACAACUAAUUCUUAUUUUUAUUAAAAAAUAGGAUUCAUUUCCUUAAAGAUUUCAUAUAUAGAUAGAUCACCAGAUUUAUAAAGGAUAAACAUAUUAAUUGAUAGCCUCAACAGCGGGAGGAGGCCUUGGUGAUGGAGAUGCAGAGGAAAAGUUACCCGAAAGACAGCAAUGUUGGUGCCGUCGUCGGAGUAGUGACGCCCACCGACAGCAAUGUCAAAGUCGGAGGAGUAGUGACGCCCAAUGGCACUGCCAAUCACGAACUUGCUGCUCAGGUUCUCCCUUCCCAGCCCUUGCUCAAGUUGCGGAUCGCAGCCUUGAUUAUCAAAGCUGCACAUCAAUUUAUGGAACGUGCGUACGGUUGCUCUAAAAAACGCAAGGCUGUUGCCUGUUGGUUGGCUGUUUUUUUCGUUAUGUUACAGUUAUUUCUUUAUGAUUCUAGUCCAUAUCCGGUUGUGCAGCAAAAGGUAGUUGGGAGAUGAACGAGAUAAAUACAACGGAGGAAGCAAUUCCAACUAGGUACUACUGCCACAAGUGUCGUCAUGUGGUCACUGUGCAUGUCGAAUCUGAGCUUUCUGAAAGUGCUUCAGAUCGAGAGGGCCUCGUUGACGAGCAACGCCAUAUGAAGCGAGUUACUUCAUCACAGUGGAUCCUGUUACUCACUGGCUGCGGCAUCGAGAUUCUGGCAUCGGCUUUCGAUCAGUUUUCCUCCCCAAGAAGUCCUCACUACGCAUUAAUUAGCAUGUUGUUGACAAUUGUGGCUGUACUUCUUUUCAUGUGCGAGCUCCUUCAAAAUGCUAUAAAGGAAGGGGUUGAAUUGAGGAGGCCGGGAAUGCUACCGUGUUUUCACUAUCCACAUCCCAAAAACAUGCUUUUUGGUACAUUCCCUCAAAUUUAUGGACUAGGUCAGGCCAUUGUUCAAUGCAUUUGGUCAGCAGUGCAGUAUCAUUUCCACCGUCGCCAUGUUCCUAAUCCUCUACAAAUGUCCCCUUCUCCUGUCGUAUUCGCUUUCAGUUUGGUUGUUUCAAAAUUAGUUAAGAGUCUCUCUCCUUCGUGAGAGUUCUUCUCACCGCCUGCGUGUGAGUGCUUCUUCAGCUUCUGUUCUCCUCCUCGCUGCCACUGAUCCUAGCUAUGGCUAGGGUUGGUGGUAGCCGCUUGCUCCUCUUGUUUUCCUUUUCUUUACUUUUGUCCUGCUUGUUUUGUCCUCUACCUGGUUCGACCUUCUCCUCUUCUCUCUGCUGCCUCUGGUUUCCCUUCCUCAACUCCCCUUUCUUCCUUUCCUUUUCCCUCCACCUACUUCGUUUUCAUCCCUCCACACCCUACCCUUUCCACUUGGCUCACUCCUCCAGUGCCCUUAUCCUCUAGAUCGGCUUCCACUAAUCCACACCGUGAACGCCCGUUUAGGAGGGAGAUGUGUAGAGCUUCGGAUUUUUUCGAUGCUCGGUUGUUCUCACCACCUUCUUCCCUUGACUUCCUUGUUGCCUCUGUUGCUCGUGGGUUGUUUCCUGCGAGCUUCCUACGAUUUGUGGUGCCGAUCUUCGAUGUGCUUUUGGCGGUUGUUGACGCCUUCUUUUUCUCCACUUUGGGGGCUCGAUUUGGCUUGCUUUCUGGCAACUGGUUGGAGUCUGGAGGUCCUUCGGAUGGCAGCAGCGGCGGAGGAUGCAAGUUGUUUGGUUUUUUUUUGUUUUACAACAGAAUUAUUUUUUCAGCCAGGAUAGCUUCUGUGUAUAAAUAGAUCAUUGUUCAACAACAACAAAGUAUUUUUCCACUAAGUGGAAAAUUGGCAUUUUCUUUUAUGUUUAGCAGUAUUAAUUGUUGGGAGAAUUAAUCAAAUUCUGCAGAAGGCUUUGAAUUCUACAAUUAUCCGAUCACAUCCUAGUCCUACAAAUUGAGAUGAUU